AUGGCAACCCUUCUCGGAGUCAUUCCAUCCGCCACCGAGUAUCGUCAGUUGGAAAUCACUUAUGGCUUGUCUUCCUUAGAGGGUGUGGCGUUUCCCUCUCCUGGAUCUAGCAUCUCUUCCCCUCCCCCUGGUAAGAUAGGGGUUUACAUGAAAACCCUAGAUGCUGAUAUACGCUUUCCUCUAACGGAUUUUCAGGAGGAGGUCCUCCAGAAAGAUGGUUGCAGUCUUCAGGUGUUGACUCCCAAUGUAGUUAACAAAGUGGUCGCGUUUCAAAUGAUCUGCAAGGCCAACGGGUAUCUUCCGGAUUACUUCGUCUUCAAGUUUUUCUUCCGAUUCUGUGUUACCGGAGAUAAAUGCACCUUCUCGGUCCGACGAGGGGGACACGCCUUAGUUCCCGACGGGCGUACCCCCAAAAACUGGCAUGAUAAAUGGUUGUGGGUGAAUCAGGAACUGGUUAGGAGUGGUCGCUAUCGUGCCACUGCUUUCGCCGAUACUAUCCCUAAGCUCUACCCCCACAACCAGGGUAUCGCCGACUACUUGAAGAGUGUGCAGGUAUCUGCUGAAGAUUACUCUGAGGCGCUUCUUUCUGGGGUAGGGAUGAUCCCCUCUUGGAGGCGGUGUGGAAAAAUGGUGGUGUUCUUCUCCAUCGUUGAUGGUGCUGUGAAAACGUUAUUGAGGAAAGUUGGAGUUUCGCGAGGUGGAUCUGGUCGAUCGACUUCCUCCACCUCGCCCGAUGGAUCAGCUUGCUCUAACCGUUGCCCUCCCCUUCCUCCGACAUGUUCAUCGGCGACCGAGGAGAAUCCACUGCAUGCUCUCCCUAUUUACGCUAUCAUGCCCCUGGGUGGUGUUCCUUCUUCCUUGGAUGAUAGCGAGGACAACAAAGAGGGAAUCAUCGCUGAUGGCCGGUGGAUGCAGGCGAAACGAAAAGUUAUACAAGCCAUGGGUGAGCCAGUUACUGGGGCGCCCACUGCUACCAAGAGGUGA